AUGGGGGUUGUGAACGAGUUCUUCGCCAAAGCCAAAGAAGAUUUUCUUAAAAAAUGGGAAAAUCCCACUCAGAACACGGCCAAGUUGGAUCACUUUGAAUGCAUCAAGACCCUCGGCACUGGCUCCUUCGGGCGCGUCAUGCUUGUCAAACACAAAGAGACCGGAAAACACUACGCCAUGAAGAUACUUAACAAACAGAAGGUGGUGAAGCUGAAACAGAGUGAGCACACCCUGAAUGAGAAACGCAUCUUGCAGGCCGUAAAUUUCCCAUUUCUCGUCAAACUUGAGUUCGCCUUCAAGGACAACUCCAACUUGUACAUGGUCAUGAAGUAUGUGCCAGGCGGAGAGAUGUUCUCACACCUACGGCGGAGUGGAAGGUUCAGCGAACCCCAGGCUCAGUUCUACGCGGCCCAGAUCGUGUUAACCUUCGAGUAUCUGCACUCUCUGGAUCUCAUCUACCGAGACCUCAAGCCCGAGAACCUCCUCAUCGACCAACAGGGCUACAUCCAGGUGACAGAUUUCGGUUUCGCCAAACGUGUCAAGGGUCGCACCUGGACCCUGUGUGGGACCCCCGAGUACCUGGCCCCCGAGAUUAUCCUGAGCAAAGGCUACAAUAGGGCCGUGGACUGGUGGGCCCUGGGAGUGCUCAUCUACGAGAUGGUGGCCGGUUACCCUCCGUUCUUUGCCAGCCAGUUUAUUCAGAUCUACGAGAAGAUUGUCUCCGGGAAGGUGCGGUUCCCGUCUCACUUCAGCUUCGACCUGAAGGACCUGCUGCGGAACCUGCUGCAGGUGGAUCUCACCAAGCGCUUUGGGAACCUCAAGAACGGGGUCAAGGACAUCAAGAACCACAAGUGGUUUGCCACCAUAGACUGGAUCGCACUCUACCAAAGGAAGGUGGAAGCUCCGUUCAUACCAAAGUGCAAAGGUCCGGGGGACACAAGUAACUUUGACGACUAUGACGAGGAGGAGAUCCAGAUCUCCAUCAAUGAGAAGUGUGGCGACGAGUUUAUUGAUUUUUAG